GAUGUAGCCAACUGGAUGAUACAAACAAGAAACCCAGAGGUUGAAAGAGGCCAUCGGACAGUCAUGCAAUAAAAACAACGUAGCCAGCUUGAAGUAACCCUUACCUGUCUCUACGUGGAUAUACAUAUUAGGCUGUACGCUAACUGACUAAAAUGCAGCUAGCCAUCUGGGGAUCGUGAACUCUGGAAUAACAGUAGCUAGCUAGCUAGCCAGCUUGCCGGGCAAUUCGGAGGACUGAAUUCGCACAGGGCUCCAGCAUGACGGACAGCAUCAUGAGCAAAGCGGCCACCAUGGAGAUCCCCAUCAACAGCAACGGGGACAUGGGGACCCUGCCCGAGGACGACGGCCUGGAGCAGGCUGCACAGAUUCAGUGGCGCUUAGAUGAGAAGCAGGUGAUGGUGUCGGGGCCCAACCUGAACGAGACCAGCAUCGUGUCGGGGGGCUACGGCGGGGCCACCGAGGGGAUCAUCCCCACCAGCUCCAUUAAAGGUCCCAGCAUGCACCACAGCGGCAGCGGGUCGUCGGCGGGCGCGGAUGACGCCGCUCGGGACGUCGCCGUGGAGAAGUUCGACAUCAUGAAGAAGUGGGGUCUCAACACCUACAAGUGCACGAAGCAGAUGAUCUCUGAGCGGUUUGGGCGGGGCUCGCGGACGGUGGACCUGGAGCUGGAGGCGCAGAUAGACGUCCUGCGGGACACCAAGCGCAAGUACGAGAACGUGCUGCGGCUGGCACGGGCGCUGACCAACCACUUCUACAGCAUGGUGCAGACCCAGCAUGCACUGGGGGACACCUUUGCCGACCUCAGCCAGAAGUCGCCCGAGCUGCGGGAUGAAUUUGGGUACAACGCAGAGACUCAGAAGCUGCUCUGCAGGAAUGGGGAGACCCUCCUGGGGGCCAUCAACUUCUUUGUGUCCAGCAUCAACACGCUGGUCAACAAGACCAUGGAGGACACCCUGAUGACCAUCAAGAUGUACGAGAACGCAAGGCUGGAGUUUGACGCGUACCGCGCGGACCUGGAGGAGCUGAACAUGGGCCCGCGGGACGCCGCCACGCUGGCACGCAUCGACACGGCGCAGCAGCAGUACCAGAUCCACAAGGAGAAGUACGAGAGGCUCCGCAGCGACGUCACCAUCAAGCUCAAGUUCCUGGAGGAGAACAAGGUCCGGCCCCGCGCCCGUGCUCUCCCCGCCAACCAGAACAUCCCCUUUUCUGUGAUCGCUUUUACGGCCUGUAUAGCGUAG